UUUAUCUUAAAGAUUACUUUUGGUUUAAAAAGUAUAAAAGCAAAUGUAUGAAAUGAAAAAAUAGUUUUUACAGAUCAUUUAAAUUUGAAGUUAUUAAAGUAAAUUUCUAAAUUUUUAUUUUUCAAUUUUUUAAAAAUCAAAAAAAUCAUGUUAUUCGUUGUGUUUCUUCUCUUUUUAACUUUUUCAAAUCUUCGAGGAUUUCCUCUUGAAGAACAAUAUCAUAAUAAUUCAAAAAAUGUACAGAGAGAAAAAAGAGAAAUUUGUUGUUCAGAAUUGGAAGUCGUUAAGGUGGUGCAUGAUUGCAACCCAUGUGAUUGCCAUUCUUUAUGCAAUUGCCAUUCUUCAUGCAAUUGUCAUUCUUUAUGCAAUUGUCAUACGCAUUCUGAAUCUGAAUCUGAUUCUGAUUUCAGUGAGGAUAUUGUAUACAGUCCAGUAUAUGUACCAGUUGUUCCAGUUGUGCAAGUUGUACCAAUUGUGCCAGUUGUGCCAGUUCCUAGUAUAAUAUAAAAUACAAAUGAGUAAAAUUACUUAAAAAAUUAUAAUACUAAGAAAUCAUAAUGAUUAAUAAUAAAUAAUAAUAAUUAAUAAUUAAUAACAAAUAAUAUAAUAAUAAUAAUAAUAAUAAUAAUAAUAAUAAUAAUAAUAAUAAAAUAAUAUGUUACAAUAAGACGUUAACAAAAAUAAAUAAA